UUUUCUGAGAAAACUUACAAAUUAAAAAGAUUCAAAAAAAUAAACAAAACGAGAUCUAGGAGGGAGAGGAGAAGAAAUUUGUUUUGAUUCGUGAAUUCAUUCGAUCGAAUCAAAAGAGAUACAUCUUCAAUUUUGAUAGAUCAGAAAGUUUUCGGAAUCCUAGGGUUUGUGAACUUGAUUUGAGAUCUUUUUUCUAAUGGGGAAAUCAAAUAUGAGAAUGAUGAUAGGUGUGAUUAUAUUGAUAACAUUUUGUAUAUAUGUUAAUGGAAGAACGGAUAAAGAAACAAGAGAAAGAUUUUAUGGGAAUUUAUCAAUGACUGCUUCACCACCUAAUUCUGAUGAAGGAAGUAUUGCUAAGAUCUUUAAUAAUGUUCUUGAUAAAGAGUUUUCUGAUAGUGAUCAACCUGAAGAACCUGAUGCAAACAGCUUCAACAACAGUGUAGCAGAUCAACAAGCUGUGUUGGAGACUGUAGCAAAGAUUACCCAUGACAAGCCCAAGAAAAAUGAUACUCAAGAGAAGAAUGCCACUAGAUCUUUCCAGUUUCAAGAUGUUUUUUCGUUGGAAAAUGAAAAUUCUGAUGACAUGACGACCUUAAUUGAUAAAAAGGAUAAUGUUUUCGUGAUGUCCAACAAGAAAUCGAAGUAUCCAGUUCUUCAAGUUGAUCUAAGGUUGAUUUCAGACUUGGUGGUUGUAAUUGUUUCUGCUACAAUUGGUGGAAUUGUAUUUUCCUGUUUGGGACAACCGGUUAUCGUCGGUUAUCUGCUUGCGGGAUCUCUAAUUGGACCAGGAGGUUUGAGUUUUAUCAGUGAACUGGUCCAGGUUGAAACUGUUGCUCAGUUUGGUGUUGUCUUUCUUCUUUUUGCAUUAGGCCUUGAGUUCUCCUUGACAAAGUUAAAAGUUGUUGGGCCUGUUGCUGUUCUAGGAGGGCUACUCCAAGUAAUCAUAUUUAUGUUCUUAUGCAGCACAAUUGCCCUGGUGUGUGGUGCACAAUUAUCAGAGGGUGUGUUUGUCGGUGCCUUCUUAUCAAUGUCAUCAACUGCAGUGGUUCUGAAGUUUUUGGUUGAUAAGAACAAUAACAACGCUCUUCAUGGUCAAGUAACUAUUGGAACACUAAUUUUUCAGGAUUGUGCAGUUGGCUUACUCUUCGCCCUACUUCCAGUUUUGGGUGGUAAUAGUGGCAUUUUUCAAGGAAUAAUGUCCAUGGCAAAGCUGUUACUUCUUUUGUCCAUCUUCCUAGCUGUUGCGUCUAUAUUGUCCUGGUCCUUUGUUCCUCGCUUCUUGAAGCUAAUGGUACAAUUAUCAUCGCAAACAAAUGAACUCUAUCAGCUUGCUGCUGUGGCUUUCUGCCUAUUGUCAGCUUGGUGUAGUGAUAAACUGGGGCUGAGUCUUGAGUUGGGAUCAUUUGUAGCUGGCGUUAUGAUAUCUACCACUGACUUUGCCCAACACACUUUAGACCAGGUGGAACCAAUUCGCAAUUUGUUUGCCGCUCUUUUCCUUGCUAGUAUUGGAAUGCUCAUAAAUGUCCACUUCUUGUGGAACCAUGUUGAUAUUUUACUUGCGUCCGUGAUUCUGGUUGUAGUCAUUAAGACCACUGUGGUCACGAUGGUGACUAAAGCAUUUGGAUACAAUAUCAAGACAUCAAUGCUUGUGGGUGUGCUUCUCGCGCAAAUUGGAGAAUUUGCCUUUGUUCUUUUAAGUCGUGCCUCUAAUAUUCACCUUGUUGAGGGAAAAAUGUAUCUUCUUCUCCUGGGAACAACAGCUUUCAGUCUGGUAACCACUCCUCUCAUGUUCAAGUUGAUACCUGCUCUGAUGCAUCUGGGUGUUCUCAUGCACUGGUUUCCUGCAGAAAGCACACAGAAUGAGCAUAUACUGGCUGGUCGUACAACUUCAAUCGAAGUAACACAUGCUUUGGAUAUACUUGCAAAGCCAAACAGCCCGAAAGUCCGACAGCAAACUCAUCAACCAGAGAGGAGUAGAGGACUUCCGUGAUACAAAGACACUAAUAGCUUGUUUUUAUCUUCAAUUUUGAUGCUGCUGAUAUAUCUGAUACAAUCAAAUGGAUCACCGAAUUGAUGUGGAUUUAUUUGGUUUAUUGUCGCUGCUGAGUCGAAGGCAAAAUCUGGAAACAACAUGUAACAGGAAAAGCAAUUUCUCAGCUGAACUCGGCUCGGAGGCCUCAUGUAAAAUUGUGUUUUUUUGGUAUACUGUAAAUAGGACUCUGUUGGGUCUGGUAAAAUUAGUUUGUUGCUAAUCAUCAGAGUUGAGCAAAUUUACUGAAGAUGAUCCCUCACACGAGUAAUUUACUGCGGGAAGGUGGAUUGUAUUACACUGUAAAAGACAUUUUAACAAGCAGAGUUUUCACUUAUCCACUACUCUCUUGUAGCGCUCUACUAACAUGAGAUUACUUGUUCUUAAUCUUUUUUGACA